UCUCUCAAAAAUGAGUCUUUAAAAGGGGCUCUGUCAAAGACGAGUCAGUCAGAUUAAAUUCAUAAAAAUAGAUUUGAAGGCAAAUUAAAUCGUGUCUAGACCUGUGACUAGAUCAUACGCUAAGGCACAUAACAUCUUGGUAUCAAAGCCAAUCGUCAUGGGUAACUCAGAAAAUUUAGCUACCAAACUGGAUGCUUUUAUGGAACAGAUGGCUACACGACAACGUGCAUUAGAAGAGCAGAUGGCAGAAUUAUCAAUUUCCUUUCGGGGAAAAGGCAAUGGGUCUGGAAAAGAUAAGGCUGAAGUGCAAGAGAGCGAAACCCAUGGCUGCAGCAGAAGUUUCGGACAUAAAGACAAAUCUGAAUCGCAAUCUGGAGGAUAUAUGGUGCCUAGAUACUCCAAGAUGGAAUUUCCUACUUAUGAUGGCACAAAUGACCCUUUAGGAUGGCUAAAAAGAUGUGAGAAAUUCUUCAUCAACCAAAGGAUUGCUGAAGGAGAUAAGGUAGGCUUAGCUGCUUUCCAUCUUUUGGGUGAGGCACAAUUGUGGUUUGAUCAAGUAGAACAAGAGGAGGCAGAACUGAAUUGGGGUCGAUUUAGGGAAUGUUGCCACAUUCGAUUUGGACCACCAUUGAGUAAUAACCCUCUUGGUGAACUAGCAAAUUUGAAACAUACCGGAUCAGUUGAAGACUAUCAACGCCAAUUUCAAUCCUUAUUGGCAAGGACUUCAGAUCUAACACCACGUCAACAAGUGAAUCUUUUUACAGCCGGAUUGAAAGAAGAACUCAGAAUUGAUAUUGAGUUUCAGCAACCAGGGAAUCUCGGAAUUGCCAUGAAUUUAGCUCGAGCAUUAGAGCGUAAGCAAAGAGUUUCACAAGGAACUUUAACCUCACGAGCAAAUAUGAGCUGGCCCAGUACCAAACCCCAUAAUAAUGAACCUGCUGCCUCUGUUAACAGGAAUUCAAUUGUUCAAGGUGGUGGACAAAUUGUAAAACCAGGUGGGAGCACUAAUAGGGGGAGCUCUUCCGCGCAAUUUAUUAAAAGACUGACACGAGCAGAAAUGGCUGAACGAAGGGCCAAAGGACUAUGUUAUAAUUGUGAUGAAUCCUACAAAUUAGGACACAGAUGCAAAAGGUUAUUCUGGAUUGAGGUUCCGGAUGAUGAUAACGAAUCAGACAACGACAUGGAAGCAGAUCUUGAGAUAUCUCUAAACGCCAUUAGUGGAACCCGUAAUUCUCCUACUAUGCAGUUAUUGGAAAAAAUAUCAGGUGUUUCCGUUUCAGUGCUAGUGGAUUCAGGCAGCACCCAUAACUUCCUACGUGAGGGUUUGCUUCCUAGUUUGGGACUUGAGGUGUGGAAAAGACCAGGGCUGCAAGUUUGUGUGGCAAAUGGGGAGCGUGUACCAAGCAAGGGCAUCUGUAAGUCGGUAUCAAUUCAGGUUGCAUAUGACAAUUUUUAUGCCGACUUUUAUACUAUUCCAUUAGAGGGAUUCGAUGUGGUUUUCGGGGUGAAAUGGCUAUGCACCCUUGGACCGAUUCUAUGGGAUUUCAGUUCAUUAACUAUGAAAUUCACCCUAAACGAGAAAGAGGUCUUGUGGCGAGGACAUCCUCCUAUAGCAGAACCACGACUUUGUUUGAUGCAAAAGCAGAAUUCAGCCACCAUAAUCAUGGAUAAUUUAUUGGAUGAAUUUGCAGAAUUAUUUAUGGAGCCUACAGGUUUACCCCCCAGUCGCGAGAGUGACCACCGCAUACCUCUUUUACCUGGGAAAGGACCUGUCUUAGUACGACCUUAUCGAUAUCCACAUUUUCAGAAAGAUGAGAUUGAGAAACAGUGCGCGCAGAUGCUACAACAAGGGAUCAUCCAAACGAGUAGAUCUCCAUUCUCUUCCCCAGUCAUUUUAGUAAAGAAACAUGAUGGUUCAUGGCGCUUUUGUGUAGAUUAUCGUGAACUCAAUGCUUGCACUGUUAAGGAUAAAUUUCCAAUACCAAUGGUGGAUGAGCUGUUAGAUGAACUCCAUGGGGCACAAUAUUUUACCAAGCUGGAUUUACGAGCGGGUUUCUUCCAAAUCAGAAUGGCACAAUCAGAUGUGGAGAAAACAACAUUUAGAACUCACCAUGGACACUUUGAAUUCCUGAUCAUGCCCUUUGGGCUUACUAAUGCACCUUCAACCUUUCAGAGUUUGAUGAACAAAGUUUUCCGAUCUCAUUUGCGUAAGUUUGUAUUGGUCUUUUUUGACGAUAUAUUAAUUUAUAGCAAGACAUGGGUUGAGCAUAUGCAACAUGUACGAAUAAUUUUUGAACUCUUGCGCUCUAACAUGUUGUUUUUAAAGAAAUCCAAGUGUUUCUUCGGUGAGCCACAAGUUACCUAUCUUGGGCAUGUCAUCCAUUGAGCCGGAGUAGAAGUUGAUGUCACAAAAAUUACGGCCAUCACUAAUUGGCCAACUCCACAGUCCACCAAGGCUCUGCGGGGCUUUCUUGGAUUAGCAGGUUACUAUAGAAAAUUUAUCAAAGAUUAUGGGCAAGUGGCUGCACCUCUGACUAGUCUCUUGAAGAAAAAUGCCUUUAAUUGGAGUAGGGAAGCUGAUGUCGCUUUCAAUCAUUUAAAAACUUCUCUCUCAACAGCUCCGGUUUUAAGAUUACCCAAGUUUGAGGAAGAAUUUGUGGUAGAAUGUGAUGCUUCUGGCAGCGGGUUUAGGGCUGUGUUACAACAGUCACAUCACCCUAUUGCCUUUUUCAGCGGCAAGAUCGCAGAUUGACACCUUAAGUUGGCUGCAUAUGAGCAAGAAUUGAUAGGAUUGGCAAAGGCGGUAUCUCAUUGGCGGCCAUACCUAUGGGGUAGACAUUUCCUCAUCCGAACUGAUCACUUUAGCCUCAAGUAUUUGUUAGAACAACGUCUCACCACAUCCCCACAACAGCAUUGGAUAAGCAAAUUGAUGGGGUUUGAUUUUCGGGUGGAAUUUAAGGCUGGAAAAUUGAAUAAAGCAGCAGAUGCCUUAUCCAGGCGAGACGAGAACUCUCUGCAACUCAUGGCUCUCUCUUUUCCCAAAGUUGAAAUUCUUGAUGCUAUUCGACAAGAAAUUUCCGAUUCUCAAGAAUUGCUAUUGUUGCAAAAACGUAUUGAACUAGGUGAAUUGGGAACAAAUUGGGAGGUAAGAGAUGGGCUGAUUUUUUU